AUGUCAAAAUCCACAGGUAAAUCAACUACAACAUCUCAAUUGCUCAAACAGAAGUCAGACAGUCCCGUCCCUAUAGACAAAAGAUCCAAGAAAAAGAACUUAACCAACCUCCAAGACAUCGAAUCAAUCUUAAACGACCUAGAAACUGAAGAAUCCCUUAAAGCAGAUAAAUCAGCAAGAAGAUAUUGUAAUUGUUUAGCAAGACGACAUCCAUUAUUUGAAAUCGCACCUAAUUGUUUAAAUUGUGGCAAAAUAAUUUGCACCAAAGAAGGUCUUCAACCAUGUUCAUUCUGUGGUGCCGAUAUCAUACCGACUAAAGAUAAAGAAGCACUUAUUGAUUUGUUAAGUAAAGAAAGAGAAGAUAUUUUGCUUAAUAAGAAUGUGCCGGUCCAAACCCCAUCAACUUCGAAAUCUAAGAAAAAGAUUGUCGUGAAGAUGAAUCCGGGUGAGAAGUUUUGGGAAGCCCAGGAUAGGGCAUUUAAAGCUGCUGAAGAGGAGUUGAAGAAGAAAGAGCAGGCAUUGCUGGAAGUAGAGACUCCUACUAUGCUUGAGGCAGAGACGGAACGAACUAACGAAGAUCUAGAUAAGGCAAAAGCGAGAUUGGAAACUUUGUUAGAUUAUCAAGCAACGGGGGAAGAAAGAACAAAGAUUAUUGACAAUGCGGCCGAUUUUGAGAUGCCAACGCAAUCUAUUUGGUUGACACCCGAAGAAAGAGCAUUGAAUUUGAAAAAGCAGCAACGGCUAGCUAGAGAGAAAGAAAAGGAAAAGGACAGGCAGCAACGUGGUGAAAAGACAGUAGAGAUGACAAUCAAGGAUGGGAAAGUCACCAUGGUUGAAAAGCACAUAACCACUAAGGAGGCAGCAACUGAUGAAGAAUCCAAAUUGGAGCAAACUAUCAAGGAUAAGAAGAAGCAAUCACAAGAAUCAAAUUAUGAAGUCUGGGAUUAUGAGAAAGAGAAAUUGAAAUAUACUAAGCCGAUUUACUUUUCAAAUAGAACAGAGAAGUCUAGUACAGUGCCCAAUAAUCUUCCACAACCAAAAUAUAGAGUACAAGUUGCCGAAGCAGAUACAUCUGAAUUGAUAGCUACCUUAAUUAAUUAA